ACCCAUUAAAUUUGUCUUUCAACAAAUUUUUCUCAGUACAUGAGCACAAUGUACAUAAGCAUGUCAUUCGAUGACAGAAAGAACUAGUUCCUUAUUUCAUAGUUUCCUUAUUUGAAAGUACAGUGAACAGAUGUGCACAAAAAUGCAUUCUGCUUUUCCGCUUCCAACCUCAGAUGCUAGAUAUGCUGUGGCAAUGUCUCAGACAGCCACAAGUGAGGUAACUGCAUGUGUGCUAAUGAACUAGAAGAAAACUACAGGAACUGACAGUUGGAGGUGGGUGAACCAUAUUCACGAACGCUCACGCUGUCACACGCUAAACUACAAUGCAUCAAGCAACAGACUACGCUCUCCUGGGAGCAUCAGGAGGGACAUCGCCACCUGCACUGCCCAUCAAACAGCGCAGGAGCAGGUCUUCUUCAAGCUCCAUCCAGGAUCUAGAGCUGAAGGUGGGAGAUCUACACUUGUCUGGACCACAGACCCCUGUGUCUCCAUUUACUGAAGUGUUUACUCCUAUUUACUGUAAUGCAGUCCACUGUCCAAUACACCAUCGCUAUGAAAAUCACCAGGUGAGAUUCUUCUCAGACGAAACUCCUCCUCCAGUACCCAAAAAGAGUCUGAAGAGAACACUGUCCCUCCCAGAGGAGACUCUGGACCCACCUUACCAUGGUCAUACAAGAACCUGCAACUAUGAAAAUCCCCUAUAUAUGAUAACACCAUUCCACGACACACUUACACUACAAGAGGAAGAGGUACAAGAGGAGAAAUAUCAGGGUUUGUCCUUGCACAAGGUGACCUUUGAUACACCAGAUGAGCAACUUCAAAGUAUCUUCAGAAGCUUCCAGAGCCAUGAGCAAGUUCAAAUGGGCAUCCAAGAGUGUUAUCUUCAGUUUCUCAAGAACAUGUUGCAGAACAUUGAAUCGACCGUCUUCCUAAAUGAACAGGAAAAGGAGAUGGCAAAGACUUCUCAGCCUAAUGACUUUAUUUUGUGUGAGCAGCAGUGGACUGAGAGGGAUGGUUUCUACUUGGUGCGUUGUCUAAAGGUUCCCGGGAGACUGUUUUCAGCAAAGGUUUGCAGAGGGGAUUCAGUAUCAGACUGCACCAUGUCCAUGUCACAUCCUAACUCUGAGCAAGGGUUGGUCCAUUUUCCACAGUGCACAGCUACAGAUCAAACUUCCACCUCGCAGCAUGCUCAGACAACUCCAGAGCCUUCACAUGGGGACACAUGCCAACAGCAAACAGUUGCUGAUCUUCUGGAGAAAGGUGUUAGUGUGACUGUGGUAAGAGACUUUCCAUUGGGAACACUGGAGGACUUUGUUGAGGAAGGACACUCUUUGCACGCCAUCCUUCCUGAGGUUUAUGAGAGGAGGCUUUGUCUUCUUGCCCUCCAGUUGGUGCUAGGACUACAGCAACUGGGACAUUUUAAAGUCAUUCACAGGGAAUUGAAACCACAGAGUGUGACAUUAGUGUGGCCUAGUAUCAUACGCAAAGAGGCUGACUCUAAUGAUUACCCUAGUGAUAUGAAAAGGGGAAGCACGAAUACAGACACUUUUAGAGGUAUACCCAUGAUCACAGUGUCCAAAGAGCACACAGACAAUGAAAGGACAAAAAGUGAGAUUUAUCAAACCUUAUGGGAGAAGUGGGGCACACCUCGUUUGGUCCUAAAGAGUCAUUUUGAGGAUGAGGUUUUGCAAGAAGCAAAAUCCCAAGAGUUCCAGUUGGGGACUUUGCUGAGGUACUGCCUACAUCUCACCGACAGUUGCUCAUCUGUGUGGAAGGUGCCCCAAGACACUCCAUACACUCCAGGCUUGCUGUGGCUGGUCACCCAGCUUACAUCUGAGAAACCUGGGCUACUAUUAGCUGAUGUGGUGGGUGUCCUCCAGGCCCUGCUUUGGGGUCCUCGACAGGGACUCUUUCAGCGGAACCAAAUGGAGAACUCUGUGCUUUCUAAUUGGCUUCUACUUAAGCGUUCUCUUUUGGUUCUCAAGCUUGCUGAAAAGGACUCUUUCAGGAUCAGACUGGCUUGGACUGGGAAGACUAUCUCUGUCUGCAAUAUCUGUCCCUUACUAACCCAGAGACUAUGCGUAACAUAACUGAACGUAUGGGCCUUCAUGAUUUCAUUACAACUGCUUAAAAGAUAAUGUAAAUACUAAUGAUAGCAAUUAUGAGUCGGUAAGCCUCAGAUAUAACUGAUCUAUAUUUCGUAAUGUCACUUAUAUGAUCGAAAAGAACAGUUUUACAAUCCUAAAAACAGAUCACCUUGUCCCAUAUUUAUAAUUGAUAUUCAUGAGCUGCUGUAUACAUCAGGAGCCCUGCACAACACGCAGAAAAAUCUAGACAUUGUGGCAACAAAUGAAGAAUUUGUCCCUUAUUUUAAUUAAAUCGGGGCGAAGUUAGAUUAUUUUGUUCCUUCGUUUUUUUGGUAAAUCAUUGCUAUGUUGUACUAAUUUGUUUUAAUUUUGGUAGAACAUUGCCACAAUUUAAAGGAACAAAUUCUUAAUUUGUGGCCACAAUGCCUUUUUUUUUUUUUUUUUGUCAUGUACAUACAUAUGCAUCACUACUAUUUCCUAAUUGUUCUUGCUACAAAAUUAACAUGUAAAACACUUGUAACAUAUUUAACCCUCAUGUACUGUUCUGGGUCAAUUUGACCGAUUUGAUUUUUGAGUUGUCGGAAAUAUCAGUUAACUUAUCAGGUUUCAAAUAUCAGGUUUUUUUCCUUGAAGUUUUGUGACUUUUUCUCAUUUAGGGUCAUGAGCAUUCAUGCAAAGUUUCAACAUGCUGAUGUGUUUUGACAUGUCCACAAAAAUUUGAUUACGUUCGUACUGUUCCCGGGUCAAUUUGACCUGCCUAUUUUAAUGUUCUAAGGCAGGGGUCACCAAACUUGAUCCUGGAGGGUUUAGCUCCAACUUGCGCCUGCCAGUAUACCUAGUAAGACCUGGAUUAACUGGUUCAGGUGUGUUUAAUUAGGGUUGGAGCUAAACUCCAGGGGCCUCAUUUAUAAAGCGUGCGUAUACACAGAUUUGAUCUUAGAGUGUGCGUACGCUUAAAUCCACGCCAACGCUCAUAUUUAUAAAAACGGUCUUUGACGUGGAAAAGUGCUUAGCGUCACGUCAGGGUCCGAGCAGACGUACGCACUUUUUAUUGUCGGAGUAAUGCAGAUUUUUUCAAAUGUAAGCUGUUCUUGCAGGUCGCUGUUCUAAAUUAUGAUGAUUGGUGAUAUUUUAUAUGUUAAUUAUGUUAAUUAGGAGUCGUUUACAAGGCAGAGAGCUGAAACCAUUUAUUGGUUAUAUUUUAUUAUUUUACUAUCCUAUGAAGCUAAAAAAAAAAAAAAAAAGCUUUCCCCGACUCUGAAAAAUAUUUUGUCAGCCAAAUAUGAUAAAAAUUAGAUAUCAUUUCUUUUUUCAAUCUGUCUGAAAUACUAUUAAACCUAUGUUGUUUUUCUUGAUAUUUUGUGACUUUUUCUGAUUUAGGGUCAUGAACUUGCAUGCAAAGUUUCAACAUGCUGGUGUGUAUUGACAUGAUAAAAAAAAAAAGAUGUUAUGUUCGUACUGUUCCCGGGUCAAUUUGGCCCGCCUAUUUUAAUGUUCUAAGGCAAGUCUACAGAGCCAAAAUAAUAACAUUUAUUGGUUAGAUUUUGUUAUUUUUAUAGAUAGUUUUUUUACUAUCUUACAAAGCUAAAAUGGUGCUUAUUUCAAUGCAGAAAAAUAUGUUGUCAGCCACAGAUGGUAAAUAUGAGCUAUCUUUUAUUUUUUCAAUCUAUCUGAAAUACUAUUUAAUUCUUUUCUUUUUUUUCUUGAAAUUUUGUUACUUUUUCCUCAUUUAGGGUCAUGAACAUGCAUACACAGUUUCAACACACUGAUGUGUUGUGAAAUGUACAUACAGAAUUCUUUAUACGUUUGUGAUGUUCACGAGUCAAUUUGACCUGCAUAGGUAGCUAUUCAAAAGUAACUGUACAGACACAAAAUAACAAAUUCCUUUGUUGUAUGUCAGAGCUCCUCAACUCUAGUCUUGAAGUGCCUCCUAGUGCCAGUAUCUUGAUGAGUUUAACAACUUUUUAAUUUCAAAGUUUGUGAAAACAAAACUGUUUAACCUUCUAACUGUCCCACUUUUUGAGCAUAGACUUAAAAUGACUUUUCCAGCUAAAAUUGUUAUAAAACUUGAAUACUUCAGAGCAUAGACUUUAUCUUUUUAAAGGUGAAACAUCACAGAUUAUUGUAGAAAAACCGUUAUAAAAGUAAAUUUAUAAAACGUUUUAGAAGUUUAAAUUUAAGAAAAUGUAAAAUAUAAAAAUAUAUAUUAUAUAAAAUAGCGAAUUUACAAAACACGUUUACCACCAAAUCUUCAAGAAAAUCAAUGGCAAUCAUCUGAACAAGUUUUGUGCCAAAUUUUAGGUUGAUAUCUCAAAAAAUUAACUUUUAAGUACAAUUUUGUGGAUGCAGUACCAAACCUUUCCACUAGAUGACUCUUGAUAUCCAUUUAUUUGAGUGUUCUGAACCAUAUAUUUCAAUAAUUUUCAAAAUAUUUAUGAAGUAGACAUCCUAUUAAGAAAUAGCUUGGGCAGUAAUUUUAAUAUUUGAUUUGAUUUGAAUCUCUAAAACACAAAAACAUACGUAUAGAGUAAGAGUGUUUGUCACCAUAUCACAAAUGGAAAAUCUACCGCUAUUUAUAUACUGCUGUCAUUUCCUUGAAAAAGAGAGUUACCAAAUAUGAAAACUAGAGUCUGAAAACUUUCAAAGUUUAUAUAGUUUGUCAAGAUUACUUUAGGUUUAGACCAAGAUAUUAAAAAAAAAAAAAAAAAAAAAA